AUGUCUCAUCGCUGCACACAGGUAAGACGACUUCAACUGCCUCAGAGAUACGAUCUUGGCACCAGGUCGAGCUCGUCCACAACUACAUCUCGAAGUGAUUGGAGCCCCCUGAUUGCCAAGCGAGAGACCAGUCGGGUUUUGCAGCAGCAAGAAGAUCUCGAAUCUCUUCUCGCUGGCCACAAACAUAAAUUCCAGGAUGAUGCUGUCGACCUAGUUCGGUCACUGCCACAGACGUCUGCGUCUGAACGCCGGAACAUUCUCCAAAUUCAUCUCAAGUCUGCUGAACAUAAGCUGCACAACUUGAAGACAGCUACAUACGGUGCCAAAAAGCCACCACCAAAACCAGAGUGGUACAUCAAAAAUUUCUCCCACGCAUUGAACAUUUCGGAGCGCUCCAUAACCAUCCUUCAACACGUACUCAACACAUAUCAAUCAGACCGUGGGGAGCUACAAGGUCUGCUCAAGCAGAAGUACUACGAAGCUGUUGCAGAUAUUCGCGCUCCUUUGGCCCGCUUAGAUCGAUUCGCAAACAGAGCAGCUGUGCCGACGCGACCAGACGUUAUCAGAGCCACCGGAAAACGAGAUCGUCUGAAACGGGAGCUCGCAUCAGUUGAUGAAGCGGUCCAGGCGGCCAACUUUGGUUCUUGGGAACCAUACUCGACGCGUUCUAGACAUCGAUCACAGAUUCGAGAUUCGUCAAAGCCGGAAGGACUAGAUCCGUACGCAGACGCCACGGAAAUAGCUAUGGCAAAACAGGCCUGGAUCGACAAUGAUCGGAGACAGAAACGCCGCAAGGUAGAUCAUAAGCCACCACCAUCCUCGUUGGACACUUGUGGUACAGAUGAUGUGCUGAGAUUCGAAGUAAAAGAGCUUCUUGGAAGGCCUCGACCUACACAACCCAAUGACCAUACCCAAGUUCCCAAGGUGGAAGAUGAACCAGAUUCCGGAAAUGCUGGUGAAUUUCGUGAAAUUGUGCUUCUCGUUGAAGAACUGUCAGCCACCGGUGAGGGUUUGGCGAGGCAUCCAACAUCAGAACACGUCUACGUCGUACCUUUCACGCUUCCAGGAGAAAAGGUCAUAGCCAAAGCACCUCGGAGAGCAGUCCCCGGAAAGUGGUCUCAUUCCGACCUUGUCGAAGUUCUGACCCCCUCUAGCCUUCGAGAAGGCAUAACACCAAAAUGCAAAUACUUUGGCGAAUGCUCCGGAUGCCAACUCCAAAUGAUCCCUUACAGCGAGCAGCUCAUACACAAGAAGACUAUUGUCGAGAAGGCCUACCGCAAUUUCUCUGGUCUGGCCUCUGACCAGCUACCAGCCAUUGACGACACAGGCUCCUCGCCCUUACAAUACGGCUACCGCACCAAGUUGACUCCUCAUUUCGACGGCCCACGCAGGAAUACCGCAUACACCGCCACUCCCCCAAUCGGCUUCACCCGCAAAGGGUUCCGCCAGGUAAUGGAUAUCGAGUCUUGUCCUAUCGGCACUCCCAUCCUGCAAGAAGGCUUGAGCAUCGAGCGGGCCAAAGUAGCAGCCAACAUUGGAAAGUACAAGCGCGGGGCCACCAUCCUCCUCCGCGAAACCACCCGGCGCUCCUACAACGAAGCUCUACGUUCCAGCGAACCUGCAGGGCCCAGUUGCGACUCUCCCCUCCCGCCACUCUCUCUCGAGUCCAUCCCGCCCCCCGACAAAACAGAAAUCAAACGCACGUCCACCGGCCCUGUCUCUGUGGCCCGCCACACGAUCUCCACCACCGAGCCACCCACCCUCAUAACCGAUACCAAAACCUACACCACCGACAGCACCACCACCUCAAUCGAGCAAAUCGGCGCCUACACUUUCAGCACGCGCGCCGGCUCCUUCUUCCAGAACAACAACAGCAUUCUCCCCUCCUUCCUCUCGCACGUGCGCUCCCUCAUCCAGCCCGCGUCCCCCACCCCAAAACUCAAAUACCUCCUCGACGCGUACUGCGGCUCCGGCCUCUUUGCACUCACACUCUCCCCGCUCUUUACCUCCGUGCUGGGCAUCGAGCUGGAUCCUCAUGGAGUGACAUCCGCGCGCGCCAACGCCGCCGCCAACAACAUCACGAACGCGGGCUUUAUUGAGGCGGACGCCGCCGCAUUGUUUGCGGACGUGCCGUUCCCCGCCGCGCAGACUUGUCUGGUCAUCGACCCGCCGCGCAAGGGCUGCAGUGUGGAUUUCCUGAGGCAGUUGCUGCGCUACGGGCCGGCGCGCGUGUGCUACGUGAGCUGCAAUGUGGGGAGUCAGGCGAGGGAUGUGGGCUGUUUGGUAAGGGGGUAUGUGGGCGAGGGGUUCUGGCGCGCCGAAGGCGAAGGCAACGGUGGUAUGGAGGUUCACCGGAGGAUGGGAGGGGUGGAGGUGGGGAAGUAUCGGUAUGAGGUUGAGGAAUUGCAAGGGUGGGAUUUCUUCCCGCAGACGGGGCAUGUGGAGGGGUUGUGCGUGCUGAAGAGGGUGGAGAAUGAAAAGUACGAGGAGCAGAAGAGGAGGUUUGUUGACGGGGAUGUGCCGACAAAAGGUGAAGGGGAUGCUGCCGAUAGCAGUAAGCCCGGGCAGGGAUUGGUGAACAUCGUUGGCACCGCGAACGGGGCGAGAACAGAGACCUUGAUCUCGGAGGCAAGCAGCGUCCCUAAGAAUGCACAGGGUGAGGCAGCUGACUUGAAAGUAUGA